AUACAGAGUAACAGUAAAUCAGACAGAGCAGCUCCCACAGCUCCAGCAGUGAAAUUGUAACCCUGUAGCAAGUAUUUUUGGCCGCUGAUAGGACCGAGUGAGAUCACUGCGGUCUCUUUUCUUGGAUAGACUUAAGAGUUGUUCGGCAGGAGCAACGCAGGGGCCGUUUUACUCACAUUUCUGCUAUAUCUUAAUUUUAUAUCACACUGGAAAUGUCCGAAAACAAGCCGAAUGAUGAGCCGAAGUUAUCUACGACGGACAGGGUGGUGAAAUCUGUCCCCUUCCCUCCCAGUCACCGGCUGACAGCUAAAGAGGUGUUUGACAGCGACGGGAAGCCCAAAGUGGACGUGCUGAAAGCUCACCUAACCAAGGAGGGCCGUGUGGAGGAAUCGGUGGCCCUCAGGCUCAUCGGAGAGGGCGCCGCAAUAUUGCGUUCAGAGAAGAACCUGCUGGACAUCGAGGCCCCGGUGACAGUUUGUGGAGACAUCCAUGGGCAGUUCUUUGACCUGAUGAAGCUGUUUGAAGUAGGAGGAUCACCAGCAUCCACGCGCUACCUUUUCCUGGGGGACUACGUUGACAGAGGGUAUUUCAGUAUUGAAUGUGUGCUGUACUUGUGGGCCUUAAAGAUCCUUUACCCCAAAACACUGUUUUUGCUGCGUGGGAAUCAUGAAUGUCGACAUUUAACAGAGUAUUUCACAUUUAAGCAGGAAUGUAGAAUUAAGUAUUCAGAGAGGGUGUAUGACGCAUGUAUGGACGCCUUCGACUGCCUUCCCCUGGCUGCACUUAUGAACCAGCAGUUCCUGUGUGUACACGGGGGACUAUCUCCAGAAAUCACAAAUCUUGACGACAUCAGGAAACUAGACAGAUUCAAAGAGCCUCCAGCAUACGGACCGAUGUGCGAUCUGCUGUGGUCCGACCCUCUGGAGGACUUUGGAAAUGAGAAGAGCCAAGAGCACUUCACCCACAACACAGUGCGAGGCUGUUCCUAUUUCUACAGCUACCCUGCAGUCUGUGACUUUCUACAACACAAUAACUUAUUAUCUAUCAUCCGGGCCCAUGAAGCGCAGGAUGCUGGAUAUCGCAUGUACAGAAAGAGUCAGACCACUGGCUUCCCGUCCCUUAUCACCAUCUUUUCAGCACCUAACUAUCUAGAUGUCUACAACAACAAAGCGGCAGUGCUGAAGUACGAGAACAACGUGAUGAACAUCCGACAGUUCAACUGCUCACCUCACCCUUACUGGUUGCCCAACUUCAUGGACGUUUUCACCUGGUCUCUGCCUUUCGUCGGCGAGAAGGUGACUGAGAUGCUUGUGAACGUGUUGAGUAUUUGUUCCAAUGAUGAGCUAACAACUGAUGAAGAGCUGGAUGGUGCCACAGCUUCUGCCCGUAAGGAAGUCAUCCGCAACAAGAUUCGUGCCAUUGGAAAGAUGGCCAGGGUAUUCUCUGUGCUCAGAGAGGAAAGUGAGAGUGUGCUGACGCUGAAGGGACUAACCCCCACUGGCAUGCUACCAAGCGGAGUUCUGUCCGGUGGCAAGGAAAAGCUGCAGAAUGAAACUGCAGCUACUAUUGAAGCUAUUGAGGCUGACGAAGCCAUCAAAGGCUUCUCACCCCAGCACAAGAUCACUAGCUUCGAGGAAGCCAAGGGUCUGGACCGCAUCAAUGAGAGGAUGCCGCCGAGGCGAGACGCCCUGCCCUCCGACGCCAGCCUCAACUCUCUCAACAAGGCUCUGUCCUCAGAGACCAACGGCACAGACGCCAAAGGGAGCACCAGCAGUGGCAGCAACAUCCAGUGAAGGCCGGCAACAGCAGGCGCCACCGUGGCCGACGGGGCUGCCUGGCCCCCAGCCUCAACACGGCCCGCUACCACAGAAAAGGGGCAAAGGGUGAAGAAGGAGUGAAAUUGUAAAAGGGGGGAGGCAACUAUGGCUGAAACUUGGGGGACAUCUCACUUGCUAGUCUUUGGAAAUGCCUUCAUAAUAUUAUUUCAUAGUCAAAUCUGCUAAGUUAUUGUCAGGUCACUUUUCCGAAUGGUCCGGCCUUAAACAUGGCCGACUGUAUACCACACCAGUCUAUCAGUAAGAAAGAGAGAAACAGGAAAGAGAGACCCUAGAAGCCAUUGGUUUCCUUUUUUUUUUUUUUUUUUUUUUUAUUUUGUUUUAAUUUUUCUUGGAAGACCCUUGCUCAUUUACACCAAAAUGGAAAGUUGUGUAACUUCUUACUAACUAUUGUACGUUUACAAAAAUACAGCACUAAAAAGGACAGAACAUGAGAUAAUGUUUUUAACAUAUAAGGGUGUACAAACUAAAUAAGGACUAUUUAUUGAUAACUUCUUUCUUUUUUUUUGCUACUCUUAUGAAAUAGCUCAGAAAUUAAUUAGGCAGUCUUAAAAAGAAUGUUGCAAUGUUGUCAAAAUGCCAAAUAAUGGAACGUUUUAUGGUUUUGUACAUAUUAUGCUUACCUCAGGUUCUUUUGGUGUGUGCUUUGACCUGAUUUUUCUGUAUAAUGGCUAAAUAACUUGGUAAUGAAUACCUAUUUUCUUGAGUUUCAUAACUGGAAUUUACACUUACCUAUCUAUCAUUUGCAAAUAUGUUUAUUUUUGUCCUUUUAUUUUUUGGAAGGGAGGGUGGGGUGGGUGGGGUAGAUUUAUUGUGGCUUGCUGGAACUGAGUGUUCAUUUUUUCUCUUUUUAAGUAUUGCGAACAAAGUAAAAAUAGAGAAGCUAUAUUGUGUAAAAAAAAAAAGAGAGAGAGAUUACAAUAAACUUAAAGUGUCUGCCUAUGCAUGUUUUAUAAAAAUCAAACAAAGGAAGUAGAAAAUCUGAAUACCUUUGGCUGUGGAGGCCUGUUUUGAGAUAUAUUGCGCUUUAGUGAACAUAUACUGGAAACAUAUACCUGCAUACUUUCAAAUAGCACCAUGAUGCUCUAUGCCUUCAACUCCUUUUGUAAUUGAAGCAUUUAAUUAUCUAAGAUGGAUGAGGAAAUCAUAUUUUUAACCUGCGCUUGUAAGUGCACACAGUCCAAUUAAGCAUGUUUGGCAAAUCUUGUGAGGUGUGUGGUUACAUGUGGAACUCCAAAAUGCAUGAUUAGCUGUUUGUGUCAUAUAACAGGUGAAUCAGUUUUGUUUUGUUUUGUUUUGUAAAUGUGCCACAGAAAGUGUAAUUUGAUUCCUAUUACUAUUAUUUGGAACUCUGCUUUGUAUAUCAGUUACAGGUUUGAUACUGCUCAAUACUUUAAGAUGAAACAAAAGAAAAAAAAAACGACUUAGAUCUUUUUUAAGAACUGCUUUAAGUGCCCAAGUAAUUCACUACACGACAUGAAGCCUUGCUUUUUGUAAUUUAACUUCAAAACUGUUGGCAAAUGAGGCAUGCACUUGCAACUAUGAGAAGUAUUUUAUAUAACUGUUCAAUAAAAAUGUGCAUGAAUUUCAACUUGA